GAGUGUAUAUUUCCCAAUUUGGAAGCCUUUAUUUUUAAGUACACAUAGUAUAUCCUCAUUUUCAAGGCUGACCUUAAAGAAUAGUACUUGGAUACGCUUUUUAGCCUGUUCUUUAACCUUUACAGGGAGCUGCUGCACUAUCUUCCAGCUCUUAAAACGCCUUUAUAUUGUACGAACAUUAACAUUAAUAUUAUAUUGUUCGCGGAGGUGUUUAGCAAUUUGUUCGAACGUAAGGCCCUCAUGAAAUAGUGCAGCCAUCUCGAGUUGGUACUGAUCUAGGUUAAUUUGGGGUCGGCCACC